AUGACUGCUCAGCCCUUCAAGGUGAUUAUCGUCGGCGGCGGACCGAGCGGCAUCACGGCGGCACACAUUCUACAUCGCGCCGGCAUCGAGUCUGUCGUUCUCGAACGGAGAGACAGCAUCGUCGAGGAUGUCGGAGCUAGUUUGGUCCUCUCUCCUGGAUCUCUCCGGGUGUUCCAUCAACUUGGGAUUCUUGACCAGCUCAUGGAGAUUUGCAGCAUGCUCUCAGCAAGCAAGGGCUUCACCACCGACGGAAAAGUCUUUAAACAGUUCAAAAUCGGCCAGAUGAUGUUGGAGAACCACGGUACGGGACUCGCAACGUUCCAUCGCGCCCACCUUGUUCAAGUCCUCUAUGAUACUCUCCCCGAGUGUGUAAAAGCACGGUACCAUACGGGAAAAAAGGUCACAGACAUCACACCCACCGACGGGGGCGUUGUGGUAACUUGCGAAGACGGCUCGAGCUACUCCGGAAACAUGGUCAUCGGCGCCGACGGCGUUCACUCCGCCACCCGGCGCCAGAUGCGCAAACUCGCCCUCGCCGAAGACCCGACUCGCACGUGGGACCCCGUGAACCCGUUCAAAGCACACUACCAGUGUUUGUGGGCGUCUUUCCCCCGCCCCAGCGCGGCCGGGGAAGGCUUCGAGACGCAGGGCACAGAUCGGUCCAUCAUGUACCUGACCGGUAAGGAAAGGGGGUGGAUCUUCCUUUACGAGAAGCUACCCGCACCCACCUCCGAGAGGAUCUCCUUCACGACCGAGCAACUCGAGGAGUACGCGGGGCGGUUUGCUGAAUGGCCAGUCACGGACACGCUCAAGGUGAAAGACGUAUUCAACGAGCGGUACAGUGUAGGCGGGGCUGGCCUUGAGGAGGGCAUCUGCUCUCACUGGAGCUGGGGCGGCCGCAUAGUGCUCGUUGGCGACGCCGCGCACAAGUUCACGCCAAACGCGGGUCUAGGGUUCAGCAACGGUAUUCAGGAUGUUGUUGCGCUGUGCAACAGGCUGCGGCCGCUUGUUCAAGAGUCAUCAUCCGCCGGAGGCGGCGGCGGUGGCGGCGGCCAGCCCCUGACAGCCGAUUUGCACAACAUGUUCGAUAUGUAUCAGAAGGAGAGACGAGCUCCGCUGGAGGUUGACUUGAAGGCUUCGGCCCGGGUAACACGAAUGCAUGCAUGGGCAUCAACUUGGCACUGGCUAUUUGCGAGAUACUUGAUGGCGUUCUCGUUUGUGCAGAAGAUUUUCUUUUCGUUCGCUUUGUCGCCCACAGUUCAACAGUCGCGGGUGCUGGAUUUCGUAACGGCUAUGGAGGCUUUUGAGGGGAAUUUCAAAUGGCUACACCCUCUACCGAGCGACAAGUAG